AUGAAGAUUUCAUCAAAGUCAGUUUCAAGUCCAAGCAGAGCAGAGAAAUUUCCACCACCAUUGUUGAUGUUCUUGAGGAGCAAUGGCGGCAGUAGAAGCAGAGGCAGGUCACGUGCAAGCCCAAUGUUUUACUUGCGCAGUAAAAAGAAUGCAGCAGCGAUAGAAGCAGCGAUAGAACCAUCCUCACCUAAAGUAACUUGCAUUGGUCAAGUUCGAGUUAAAAGGUCCUCAAAAUCCUCACGGCCUAAGAAAACUGGCGGUGCCACCACCACAAGCUGCCUCUGCUGGUGGUUCAAGAAAAUUGACUUUCACAAUUUUACUUCAGGAUUUCAUAAACCAGAGCCCCUCCGCCGGUUUUUUAUCAAAUGCGGUUUGUUUUCUCGAUCUGAAUGUUGCAAGAAGUCUGAUACCGGAGAGGAUUCUUUUGGAGUUGAACCAAUUCAGACAAGUCAGAAUAUUCAAAACCAUAUUGGUACUAAUUGUGAAAUUCUUGGACCUCAAUUUCAAGAAAAUAAUGUGGAUUUUCUUGGUUCCACUACUCCACAUGUGGGUACUAAUGAAAUUCUUGGAACCCAAAUUCAAGAAAAUAUAGUGGAUUUUCUUGGUUCUUCUUCUCCACAUGUUGAUAAUAAUCACGAAAUCCUUGAAGCCCAAAUUCAAGAAAAUAAAGGAAAUUUUCUUGAUUCUUCUUCUCCACCCAAGAACGCUUUCCUUUUGACUAGGUGCAGAUCUACUCCUUGUAGGUCUUCAUCAUUGGCCAGCCGGUUCAGGGGAUCUGCCCCAUUAGCUACGCCAGAAACAGAAAAUAAUACUGAUAAGGAAGCAAAAACGAAGCAUGAAUUUCGAGAAUUAAAAAACCCUCGUGAAAAUGUGGCAGUAGAGUCAAGAAACAACCAUGAAGUUGAAAAUUUUGAAGGUUCAGUAAAUAAUGUUACAAAAUUGAAUUCAACUGUGGGAGGUGUUGCAUCGCAUCCUUUACUACUUACAAGGAGUAAAUCAGAACCAGCAAGAACAGCGGAAAGGCUAAUGCCAGAAGCCAAUUUGUGGAGGCAAAGAAGGUUAAGUGUUGUUGAGUCUUGUUCCCAAAAUUGA